GUCGAUACGUUUUGGGAAAAAAUUUUUUACACACCAGCAGCAGCCAGCACACACACACAAAAACGCCCAAUAAAUUACAGUUGCAGGCAAGGCAAAAAGGCAGCACACAGGCAAAAAAAAAAUAGUUUUAUAACAAAUUCAUCGGGGUGACAAACAAACAUCAACGAGCAACAGCAACAAACAUAACAUUCCAAUAAGCAGAGUUGCAGCCUACUCUGCGCCAGCCUGUCAGUGUAACCAAAGUGUAACAACAACUACAACCACCACAGCAACAACAACAACACACGCAAAAAAAGAAAAACAACAAUUCAUAUUUAUCAAUUAUGAAUUUCUUGGGCUUUGGCCAAUCAGCCGAAAUUGAAAUUGUUUUUGAUGGCGCUGAGAGCAGGAAAACCGCUGAGGUGAAGGGCGAAGAUGGCAAAGUGGAAAAGAUGCUGCUCUUUUACGAUGGCGAAACAGUAUCCGGCAAGGUAAACGUUACGCUGAAAAAGCCGGGCAGCAAACUGGAGCAUCAGGGCAUUAAGAUUGAGUUUAUUGGACAAAUCGAAUUAUUUUAUGAUCGGGGCAAUCAUCAUGAAUUCAAGUGCCUAUCCAAGGCUCUGGCACGUCCUGGCGAUCUCAUCCAGAACAAUAGCUAUCCCUUUGACUUUCCCAAUGUGGAGAAACAGUUCGAGGUCUAUGCUGGCUCCAAUGUCCGAUUGCGAUACUUUCUGAGGGCGACAAUUGUGCGACGACUGAGCGAUAUAACGAGGGAGGUGGACAUUGCGGUGCAUACGCUGUGCAGUUAUCCGGAAAUGAAUAAUCCCAUCAAGAUGGAGGUUGGCAUCGAGGAUUGCCUGCACAUUGAGUUCGAGUACAACAAGAGCAAAUAUCAUUUAAAGGAUACAAUAAUUGGUAAAAUCUAUUUUCUGCUUGUUCGCAUCAAGAUCAAACAUAUGGAGAUUGCGAUCAUUAAACGCGAAUCAACCGGAACCGGACCGAAUGUCUUCAAUGAGAACGAAACGAUUGCGAAAUAUGAGAUAAUGGAUGGAGCGCCGGUUAAGGGUGAGAGUAUACCAAUAAGGGUAUUCCUUGCCGGCUACAAUUUAACACCAACGAUGCGGGAUAUUAAUAAGAAGUUUUCGGUCAAGUAUUUUUUGAAUCUGGUGCUGAUGGAUACGGAGGAUCGUCGGUACUUUAAGCAGCAGGAGAUUGUGUUGUGGCGCAAAGCGGACAUACCACGCUACCAUGCCACCCAGCAGCAGCAGCAUCAACAGCAAUCCCAUCACCAGCAUCAGCAUGUGCCGCUCCAUGCACCACCCCACUUGGUUAGCGGUCCGGCAGCGCCAACAGUUGCCCAUUCCCUCAUCAGCAGCAGCACCGACAGCGAAGGGGCCGCCACAGCAACUGGCAACGUGACUGCCGCAGGAGGAGCAACUGGAGCGGGAACGGGAGCGGCAGUCGGUGCCGAAUCCAAAAUGGGUUUGUUUACACGCGAGAGCCCGAAUCAGGAGUUUAGCCAACAGCAAUUGGACUCCCCACUGCCCAAUUCACCAAUGACGCCCGGCAACGAAAGCAAUAUCAUCGGAGCAGGAGGAUUAGGAGUAGCUUCAGCGGGAACUGUUGCUGGCGAGCGUGAACGUGGCAUGGGCGAUGGAGCUGCGGCGGCAACAACCAGCGCCUCGCCAGUGGCCAUGUUGUCCAGCACGCCGCCACCGUUGCCCAGCAGCGCUGUCGGCGCAGCAGCGGAUGAAUCAAACUUGUUACAGUCGCCAGCACACGGCGAUGGCGAUGGCGAUAACAAUAUGCAAUUGGAUUUGAAUGUGGAUGAGGAGCAUGCCGAACGUCGUACUCCAAUUGAUCCAGAUGAUGAGCUAACGGACGUGGCGUUGCCAUCGCCACCAGCUCCUGCUCCUGCUCCCGCUCCCUCAGCUGCCAAAAAGGUCAACACAGCUGCGCCGCUGAGUGCUGAUUGAGUGACAGCCACGAAACGAUUGCGAUUAUGAUUUCCAGAACAACAACAACUACAGCAGCAACUCAAUGGCUAGCGGGAGCUGGAGAAGCACAUCCAACUAUUUCACAACAGCAACAACAACAACAAUAUGCAUAUAUCAUAUACAUAUUCAUAUAUUUUUUUAAAAAAACGUUAAUUUAAAAAAUUGUUACGAAAAUGUUUUUAUUGAGGUUAUGCGCGCACACAACAACACGUUUCUGUUUUCGAGAACACCCCUCACAAAAAUAAGCAUAAAAGAAAUUCACUGUAGACACCGGCGCUUUGUUACGCUCACUAAAUCUAUCUCACACACACACACAUCAAACACGCUUAGCUCUAUUCGAAAAUUGUAUUAACACUUUGCAAAAUGAAAAUUAUAUUAUAAAUAUUAACUCUAUUGAAUUUCUGUUGUGAUCCUCACUCUCUCAGUCCUAUUUGAACGCCUAGAAAUAUCAUCAGUCAGCAAAAAACAAAAUUAAAACUCAUUCCCCCUUUUUG